GAUUAAUUUUGGCAAUGUAGCAUUAACUUCCAUUUUCAACUAAUGAAUUAGAACAUUUUGAUAUAGAACAUACACAUGGUUCAUUAUCUAAAACAAAACCUCCAAUUUACAAAUAGAAGGAUUAAUUGAUAAUAGAUAAAACACAUACUGUAUAAUUAGAUCAUGAGAUUGACGAAGAUGUUAAUUCAAAAUUUCAUUUUACAUUCAUAAUGGUAGCAAUAUUAUCUGGUAAUUUUGGAUUAGGCUAUUCUUUACCUUAUUUAUCAAUGUCAUUUUCAACAUUAUUUUCUUAAAUGUAUUUCAUUUAAUAUAAAUCAUAGAGAAUUAAAGGGAUCAGAAACUUCUGAAUAAGGAUUCUUUAGUGCAAUAUUGUCAAUUGGUUGUCUGGUUGGAGCAAUUUUUACUAAAUUUUUAUUAAAAUACACAACUAGAAAUUAAUCAUUAAUGAUAGCAGAUCUUUGUGGUUUUUUAAGCAUUUUUGCAGUCAUUCCUAAUCGAGAAGUUAUUUUAACAUUCAGGUUUUUUUAUGGAGUUUGUAUUGGCAUUUAAACAAUAAUUAUGCCAAUAUAUUUGAAAGAAUUAUGUCCUUAAAAAUAUUAUGAUAAAUUUUCAGUAAUGUCAGGUUUCUUUGUUGGUGGAGGAUUGUUAUUUGCAAAUAUAAUGGGUUUAGGAUAUAUGAAUAGUAAUUUGAGAGGAAAAGAUUCACAUUAUUGGUAGAUUGUUUUUGCUAUUCCAGCAAUUGUCUUCUUAUUUAGAUUUAUAACAUUGUCACUAAUUUACAAGAUAGAUAGCCCAAUAUCAUUAAUAACUAAAAAUAAACCUGAAAAAGCUAAACAAAUAAUAAAAUUUAUAUAUCAACCAGUUUGUGUAGAAUAAGCAUUCUAAAAAAGUUAAUAAAUAGUAUAAUAUGAUGAAUAACAUAAAGAGGGUAUAGCGAGUCUUUUUAAUAGAAAAAAUAGAAAAACAUUAGCUAUUGGUUGUGUUUUGAUGUUUGUUUACACAUGGUGCGGAUUAUUUGCUAUAUUUUCUUAUAGUUCACAAUUUUUUGCUUCAAUGUCAGAUGGAGAUGUAACAUUAAAUACAUUAUUUACUUUAAUAUUGGGAAUAGUAUAAUUUACACCAGCAUUCAUUUCUUCUAUUGUUUAUAGAAAAUGGGGUAAGCGAAAAAUAUUAUUAUGUGGAUUAUUUAUGAUGAUAAUUUGUUAAGUUUUAAUAAUAGGUUUAAGUUAUACAGAAGCUUUGGGAGCAGUAAUUUUAAAGUUCAUAGUAAUAUGUUUUUUUUCAUUUUUAUAUGCAUUGACAAUAGGUCCAAUAACUUGGGUAAUGAAUUAUAUAUAAUUAAGUCAAUGACACCUGAAAUAAAUUCUAGUGAGGGAACUUACUUUUGUUUUGUGACAUUAUAUGGUUGGUAAUUGUUGGUACUAUACAUAUUUCCAUUUAUGUUGAGCAGUUUAGAAAUGAGUGGUUCAUUUGUGGUGUUUGCAAUAUUGACAUUAAGCAGCAUAUUAUUUUUUAAUUAUUUUGUUAAAGAAACAAAAGGAUUGAAUCAUGUUGAAAUAGAGAAGAUAUAUGGUAAAGAAGAGAAAUGAU